AUGGAAAACAAGCUUGAAGCAAAAGACAAAAGCAUUCAGAAAAGAAUACCACGUUCGGUACCAAAAGGUAAGGAAAAGAACUAUAAGUAUAUGAUUUAUACUGAAGAGAUGGAAAAUGAAGAAGAUAAAGAUAUGGUUAUGUUGCAUUUAGUCAGAAGAAACAACAAAAGCUUUUACGACCUUGCUAAGAUUUACAAAUCUGACAGAAAUUGGUUCUAUCGCGAAAACUUACCGAUUUCAAUGACCCCAAAUGAAGAUGUGAAACAAAUAGUUCAAGAUACGUUACCUCAAACACACUAUGAUAUGAAAGGUUGUACAAUUUUUACCUUCAAAGAAGACUUACCGCUACAGAAAGAAAAAAUAACAGAGUAUUUUGACAACUUCAAACAAGUAGGGUAG